GCCCUCUACGUUCGUUGAUACACAUAAGAUAUAAGAAACACAUUUUUUUAUGCUUCUUUAAUUAAACCAACCGAUUCAGUUAAGUCACUCAAAUUGGACUUUUGGCAAAUUUGAGGGCAGAUUACAUUUGCCAAAGCCAGUGAAAGAACGCAUCGUAUCAGUUUGAAAAAGAGGGUUACUGACCAGAGAGGAUACGAGCCUUUCAGUGAUCUCCGAACAAAGUUCAAAAGACUGACGAAGAUCAUGGAAAGACAAAACAAAACCUUUGGAAGUUCAUUGAGAGCCCACUGGAAGGCCACUGAAAGACUGUUGAAAGAAUGUUUGAACCAUUUCAAAAAGUUCUUGGGCCCCCAUGAAGAACACAAAAACCAUUCAAAAUCCCCCCACUUAUAAGUUCGUCUAGUUCUUCUCCCAGAGUAAAUGCUGCUUCAAGAUGAUGAAGACAAAUGCAUUGGUUGUGUAUGUAUGUGUGGAACUUUUCACAUACUGUUAUUUCGUAAUAAAAGCUCUUGUUCUUGUAGUGGAGGAAAGGUACUGACAGUGAGUAAAAGGAUUACUCCUACUCCUGGGAGACUGUACUUCAACAUGGAUACAUGUACUGUCUGUGAUGGAAAUCUACAACUUAUGAAGAAACCCCCUGUAACAUUAUGUGCAAAUCUCUCAAAAACCAAUGUUAAGGUUGGCCAAGUACUUCAGCAAAUAGGAUUGUCUGUUGGAAAUGAAGCAAUGUGGAAUAAAAGACGUUGCUGUAUACCAUGUUACCAGCUUCUUGGAAAAUGGAACACUAUUCGAAGGAAUCUGGAAUCUGUCUGCUGUGAGUGGAGAGAAAGAACAGGGAAGUCGCUGCCUGGCCUGCAAGCCAUAGAAAAAGAGACAAAAAAAUCCAGAGUCAUACAGAGCAUCAAACACUCAAACUAUGAUCAAACAUUCCGUCUUCUAAGGGCGUCCAAUGCAGCAUGCAAAGUGUGGAGGAAGGACAUUAUCAAAACCAUAAAAAGCGAAAUGUCAUUUCUCUGUAAAACAUCAAACCUCUUUCCAGAUUCCAGUUCAAAGGAAGAAGAGUUUGACUGGACAAAGAUUCUAGAUAGAGUACAAUCUGCUGCCCCUACGUUCUAUGCUGUCUGCUUGGCGGCCAUAUCUAGAAAGAAUGCCUCACGUGCUUUCCAGAAUGUCAUGAAGAACAGAUUGGGAAUGAUGAUCCUGCUUCCAUUGUAUCAAAGAAGACCCAUGAUCAUGCAAAGAUUGCUACCUGUACCUGUGGCUUCUACAUUGAAGAGAUAUGGCUUAAAGGGAAAGGAUAUGAGCUCUCUCAAGUGUUUUGGUUUGAAAACAUCGGUGACUACCGCCAUGAGAAAAUCAAACCAGCCGAGCAGUGAAGCUGACAAGGUCAUAUCCUCGUGGAAAAUGUCAAUAGAGAGAGAUAUUUCUACACCCACAUUUGAAGGUGCAGCUUCAACAGCAACAUCAACCUUGGCGAUAACUGAACCUCACGCAACUACACCUGUGGACACGAAUCAUCCUGGAUUUUCGAUGGUAUCCCACAAAUCUUAUUGGACGGAACAAAAGGCAGAUGUGACGGAACAAAGGGCAGAUGUGACGGAACAAAGGGUAGAUGUGACAAGCGAUUCACAGAGAGUUACAAGAGUCGGGGCCAAUUCAUACGCCGUCAAAAACCGGAUAUCAUUUCGCGAUGUUGAAAACCAAGACACUCUCACAGCCAGUGACCUCCCAAUUAUGACCUACCUACCCAGCCAGGAUGAUUAUGAAGACCUGAGAAAAAGAAUGUGCAUUCUGGUUGAAAGGAUCCUGAAAGACAACCUCAAUAUAUUUGCCAACGAGUCUGUGAUCUUACACAUUCCUCAUGAAUAUUCUAAAGAAAGCUCACAAAAGAGUGAAUAUGUCAACCUAGGAAUAAUUGAAGAGGAUCCCAAGACCACAAGCGGUAUGCGCAAUAUCAUGACCACCCUUGCCAAAUACAUCCCAGAGGGAUUUCCUGUUCCCUUCCAUGUGGACCAAAGAACUUUGCAGAUAGCAAAUAGUUGUAAAAUGGCAGUAUCAACGGUGCCAGCCCCCCUGAAUAGGCUGCAUGAUCUCAUACCGGUGCCCCAAGAUUUUAACUUCCGAUCCGUUGUGAUUCGGGAUAUCGUAGCUGAACUGUUCACGCCAACAAUCCAUACCGAAGAGGGUAGUCUGAAGCAUCUGAAAGAAUACUUCGGGCACGACAACAUGAACGAAAAGGCGACCAGCUUAAAUCACGCCGACGAUUUCUUACUUUUUAUCACGUGUGCUUUUGUGGUGGGAUUUGCACUGCAAAUCAUAAAAGAUACCCAGACCCCAACUCAAGACAUCAAUGGAUCAUCUACUCCGAGCCUAUCUGUGGUAGCAGAUGAAGUGGUACGGCAAAUAUGGCAUCAGAUUCCCAUGAAUAGGGUGGCUGAUGUCGUAAAUGCGACCGCAGAGGGUCAUGAUGACAAGUGGUGCUUCUGCAAGGAAGAUAUAGAAAAUGCCAAAAUGGUGGAAUGUUCCAAUGUUGAUUGCGAAAAUGGGAAAUGGUUUCAUGAAGACUGUGUGAUGAUUCCAAAUACAGAUGACACUGUGUGGUACUGCACCCCUGCAUGCGAGAAUUCAGAUAAUGGACUGUACUGCAUCUGCAGGAAGAAAGGGGAAUCCCUCACUUGGCAAUGUGGAAAUAAACAUUGCGAACGCGGUCAAAGAUUUCAUCAUCGAUGUGUGAGAACAACAUCGCCUGUUUCACAAGGAAAGUGGUACUGUUCUGAGGAAUGUUCCAAAGUGGCAGGAAAAAAUAAAAUAGAAGGUGAUGAACUCUUGGACUACAUCAAAAGGUGCACUUGGCAGUGUCUAUACAGCGAGAGCAUUCGAGAUGCAGAGAGGGAGGCCGACGGCGUGGCACUAAUGCGCCACUGGAGAAUAUCCAUGCCUGAAUUCUACCGCCUCGGGCAUGACAAGCAUUUUUCUGUUGGCCACCGCUUGCUAUCUGGUGUAGCCGGAUGUUUUCCCCCUCGCAUUGGGAGGGAGAUUGUUCACAAUCGAACAAUAAAUCUCUAUGGAGGUUUAGGGCGGAACCUUGCUCUUGACUUCUUCAUGGAGCAACUUCACCACAAAGCAAAGGGAAUGAUCAAACACAGACUUGGUGGAUACACAACAGGGUCUAAAGCUGCAAAUGGGAAAUUCGAGAGAACACGCAGAAUGAGUCUGAACAGACUCUUUUCCCAGCAAAUAAGUCUGAUGCGACAUGUUGAUAGCGGUGCUUCGUCAAAGUCUAUGAGAAAUCCACGGUUCAAGCGGUAUAAAGUGGAUGUGAAAAAGUUUGCGAGCAAGUUUGGGGACCUCUUCAAGGAAGUGAAGGGUCGAAGCAUCACAUGCCAUAAGUAUGAAGAGCUCAGUACCGAUCAGGCAAUGGAAAUGAAGAAGACACUUUGUGACUUGAACAAAAAAAUUGACAAAGGGGCACUUUCUCAAACAUAACAUUCCCUCAGUUUCGCAAUAAAAGGAUGAUGACCUUGAAACCUCUUGAACAGUACAAAAAUAGUAACAGAUGAAUUAAAAAGAUCAAUGAAAGUUUGAGAAGAUUUGGACUUGUAAUGAGAAUUUUGUAAGAAAACUUAUUCUGACUUAACAACAAAAAAAUGAGAAAGAGGCAAUAUUCUCAAACCUAACAUUCUCUCAAUUGUGCAAUUAACGGAAAUGAAACUCUUGAAACCAGUUGAAGUGUACAAUAGUAAUCUAUAAAUGAUGAAACUGAUUGAUGAAAGUUUGACAAAAGGUGAGAGAAAUUAAGCUGAAUUAGUCAUCACAUGUAGAAAAGAAAAAGAAAGUAUAAUAAUUUUGUUCAAAAACGAAAUCCAUAUCAUUUUUGGAUGUAUCAUCGAUUGGCAUGUUGUUAUAAUGAUUUCAACAAUUAUUAUUUUUUUCUAUAAUGAUUGUAUGUAAAUGUACUUGACAACAAGAUUUGGUAAUUCAAUUCAAACAAAUUCACAUUAAACCUUGAAAUCAGGUUAACCAGUUGAAAAAGAGAUAGAUCAAUGGAAUAUAAUGGAUAAAUAUUGAACAAAAAAUGAGACAGUUCUGAAGAUCAGUGAUAGUUUUAUAUGAAGUGAACAAAUAAGAAAGGUCUGAGCAUUUGGAUGUCAAAAUCACUAUUGCUAUUGAGAUCCUAUUAGCAACACAAGCAAAAUGUGUGAGGUUACGCAUCGUCAGUGAUUUUAUGAACUGGCUCAAACCUCGGCUGGACUCCACAACAUGAUUUCGAGUUAAAGUUUGGAUUUUUUCAGACGCUCAUAACUUCGCGCUUUGAAUGAAACCUGAUUAAAUAUUUAUACCACUUUAAAGCAUACAUUUACAUUCUAUUUUUUUAUAAUAAACAAACUUUGUCUGCAAUUCGUAUUCAUUCUUUCAAUGUUUGCAAUGAAGCGCAUGUAUGCAUUUUAGAAGCAGCUAAUUUUGACAAUAACGGGUAUGAGCCAGUUCAUAAAAUCAUGCGCACUGUUUAUUAGCGGCACAAACCCUGUGCAAACCACAGUUUGAGCCAGUUUGUAAAGUCAUUCAUGCUAUGCGCAUGUUUUUUAGAGGCACAAACCACAUGCCGGGGUAUGCGCCGUAUACGCACAGCAUCUAGGUCAAGUCUUUGACCUGUGAGACUUUAUAGUACACAAAGAAUGGUUUGAGCCAGUUCGUAAUAUCAAAGUAGGGGGUUGAGCUGGUUAGUAAGAAAUAUGAAUAUGCUCUUAUUCUUUAAAUAAUACAAAUUCUAAUCUGAAAUUUUGCAAAUCAAUAGAGUGAAUCACAGGCUUUCAGAAUAUGAAAGAAAUUUUUUUUUCGAAAAAUUUGACCAAAAAUUCGGUUUUAGCCGGUUCAUAAAAUUACUAACGACAUGAGAAACUUUCUGAUUACCUCUUUGCAUAUUUCAUUUAAAUUGCCUUUUAUCAAAUCUAUUGGUACAUGUAUAUCAGUUGUCCUUUUUAAUGAGAGCACAUUUAAGGUUUCUACAAAUUUAUUCUUGAUGAAGAGUUCAAUCAUAAGGAUGAUCAAAACAAGACACAUGUCUUAGUGGUAUUGCCAACAUGAGGAUUUAUUUAUUUAAUUCAUUCAUCAUUUAUGGCUUUUCAAAAUUUAUUCCAGCUCAAGAGUUUAUUCAAUCAUAAGGAUGAUCAAAACAAGAAUUUAUUUUGGUAUGUGUUUAUCCAUCAAAGGCAAUGGGUGAUUUCAAGUCCGGUGUUGGCCUUGGUGUUGGUGUUAGUGUUGAAGUUUGGAUUGCUUCCCCUUGCCCCAAAACUUAUUCAGAGUUUGUAAAACUAACCCAGAUCACAUUAUUGACAUCUCAACAACAAGUGAGUGACUUUUCGGGACCAACUUCAUUUUAUGUUUGGUGUUAUAAUCGUGUUAAAAUUGACCUAACACCAACACCAAAAGGUCAACACUGAACUUGAAAUCACCCAAUGUGUGUGUGUGACAUCACAUGUCUUGGUGGUAUUGCCAACAUGAGGAUCUCCAGUUUAUUUUUUAUUUUUUUUAAAUUUAUUUAUUUAUUCAUUCAUUCAUUCAUUCAUAUGCAUUCAUUCAUUCAUUCAUUCAUUCAUUCAUUCAUUCAUUCAUUCAUUCAUUCAUUCAUUCAUUCAUUCAUUCAUUCAUUCAUUCAUUCAUUCAUAUAUUUAUUUAUUUCAUUUUGUUUACCCAGGGUAAUCCCGUGAAGCACUGCUAAGCAGUAAGCACUGUCUAGAGCUUUAACAUUCUCAACAUUCAAAUGUUCAUGAUUUUUAAUAUGGUUUGUUUAAUUCAAGCUCAUAAUUUGAUUGAUUUUAUACUUAAUUAUUUUUCUUUUUUCUCAGAAGCUUAUCGUUUUCAAGGGAUCCAUUCCCUUUUUAAUUUGUUGAUUGGAAUUUUGCCUUUUAAUUUUGGAUACUGUAUCAGUUAACCACUGAUAGAAAUUGAAGUUUUUAUGAGAUUAAAUAGGGUUGUUUUGAAAAUAUCAAUAAUUAUGUAAGACAGGUUUAUAUUAUUUGCUGAUGAUAUACAUGAAGAUGAGCCAAGCAAUUGGACAGAACAAAACGAGACCCAAAUUUUUAUAUUUUUUAAAAAGAGGUCUUGGCAAUUCUUCAAACUGUUUUAUUAAUGCAUUAAGGUAUCUUUUUUAAAACUUAAAUGAGAGAGUAUCUUGUUAUGGAGAAUAUGUACUAUAUGUAUAUAGACAGAUAGGUUGAAUGAUCAGUUACAUGUAUGCUGGAGUACAACAUUCUACCUCACACAAGUGAACUCUGACUUGCAUUUAAAAUUAGAGUGUUGUGUUCUUUUGUAAUUCAUUCAAUCAAAGCUUUCAUUUUUAUACAGAGAUAUCCAGUGGUGCUCAAAAGGUAGUGAACCCCACCAGAAAAUGAUCAUAUUCAAAGUAUUCAAGUUCUGCCAUGUCUUAGAUAUUUAAUUGUAAAGUCAGGUGAUAAAAUAUUACUUUCAAUAAAGUUUGUUUCAUUGGGCUCGCCAAACAUUGUAGUGUUGUUGUCUACAUUCAACACGCAGCAUGAAAGAGUGGAUUUUGUGAUGGGGUUCACUAACUUUGAGCACAACUGUAAUUGUAAUUGUAUUCUGUACUUCAUCAAGGAUGAUAUGGAAAACCAAAUGAAAAAAAAGAAGAUGUUUUAUGUUUUGGUACAUAAUCUAUAAAAAUGAAAAUUUGACAUUUUUUUCAUACUUCCAGAUAUGUUUUUUAGGACAGGUCCCGUUUUUAGGACAGGUCCCGUAAGGUGAAAACAAAAUAUGAAAUAUUAAUGAUGAAUUGAUGGUGAUGAUACUUCCCAAGAUGGGGAGAGAAUAUUGUUUUUCCUGUUAAAAAUAAAAUAAAUGAAAGUUUGUUUUUAAGAAACUCUGAAUUGCCAGGUGCUCCUUAACCCUAAUUCUCCCGAGGGGGGGGGGGGGGUGGGCCAUAACUCGACAAUUUUCGCGAUAUAUCUGCUGCGAAUUUUUUUUGGACCUCUACGCUCACUGAAUUUUUACUUUCAAGUCAAAAUUCAUAAAUGUAUCCUUAUUUCUACUUUUACUGAUUACACUUAAUUAAUUUUGCCUUGUUUAUGAUCAGAAUUAAGUCUGGAACGAUUUCCAUCG